GCAAUCGGUUCGCUUGACACUUAUUUCGGCGAGCUAUUAUUGUAUUUUUGGUGUAUUCACGUUCGAAGUGUAGCCAGAGCGACGUAAUAUUUGACCAAUAUUAAGCAGCGUUUUUGGUAGACACGCCUAUGUCGUACGUCUAUUGGUUGUCGGCCGGGUCUGAGUUUUGUGUUCUAUAGCCGUGUGUUUUGGGGGUAAGAUCCCGUGCUGCACGCUAAAUGUGACGGUGGAACAGGCAGUCUAUCAUCUGAUAGCUUUGUGUCGCCUAGGCAAGCACCUAAGCUGCAGUCGAUGUCGGAGUGUGAAGCAGUUCGGGUGUGUUACUACAAUCCUGGCGCACACCGCCUCGUGUUCACUUGUUGUGUUUUGUGUUACGUAAUUGUAUUUUGUUAUCGACAGUUCUUUGAGGGUUUUCUUUCCAUAAUGGCAGUUCCGUUCGCCCUGCCGGAGGACGAGAUAAACAAUCUUAUAGUAGCAGUGAUAUUUAUCUUGUCGCAGACUCGUCUUCAGAGGACGGAGGAGACUCGUGAGCUCCAAGAGUGUAUGGAACAACUCGUGAGACUUCUUGUAGAAGAACUUGAACGAAGAUCGCGUUCUUCCGAAUACGAUAAUCAGCUCAGGCAGACGCUGUUACUUCUUCGUCAAUCACUAAAUCAGUUGACGCCGACUUUGGCCAGGAUAUCAUCAAGAAGAUCGAAUUUUGAGUCCUGUUGCGAUGACUGUAAGAUAUCCCUUCACGAAGACUGUGCGACGGAAGACUGCAGUCAGGUUGGUCUCGUUCCUCGAAAGGUUGUCGACGACGAAUCGUCCGCGAUUUUGAAGGGGGACGUGCAAGAGAAGCAAGAGUUUGUGCAGGAAGAGAGUUUGUUUGCGCGAUUCGUGCCCAGAGUGCGAAGGACGUUUUGGACGGCAGUACCCCUAAUAUGUAUGGUGGGCUGGCACCUGUUCCAGAUUAGUUAUUCCAUGUAGAUUAAGCGAUGUACGUAGGUCAUUUGCGCACUGCCUGUGUUAUGUGUGUUGUCCAAAGAGGAGCAAAACAAAUCAAAGAAUUGAUCUCAUUUAGUACGAAAGCGUACUCUCAGGAAUUUUUAUAUGGUAUUUGAUUUGAGAAGAGAAAUAAUUUGUAAAUUAAUGUGUACAUAUGCAUAAAGAUUCUAAAGUUGGAUUCAGUAUAGCCAAAGAUUGAAUGGUGCCAAAAGGCCUGAGUUAAGCAGGUGGGCGGGACGUCGUCCCUUUGUUCGCUUUCGCUACCAUGAGUCUGACUGUACUGUAGUAAGUUAAGUGUGGAGCAGCACUGCAGCAGUCUGGUCAGGUCUGGUUCUGGUUGCAGUCGGCUGCCCUAAGGUUUUCAAAUGAUCUCCGUAGUUAGAAUAGCCCGGUGCGGCGAAAGCUGGACACGUGCCGAUCCAAAGUGCCGAUCAGCCCGCACCUGAAUUGUAAAUAUUCGCGUAGGCCGGCUAUUCUUCAACACCGGCCAGCUACAGCUUUUUUACUUUUUUUUUACAUAUUAUAUAGGAGCUCGUGUACAUACAUAAAUACUGAUAUUUUUAAAUGAAUUUAAAGCAAUUGUAACUAGUUUAGCUUAGUAGUAGGUAGUUUUAGUACGUUGCGCCCGCUGUAGAUGGCUCUUCAAAGCGUCUCUGUGAUUUGCCGAAGAGGCAAUUUUUUGUGCUUUUGAGCACUUCAAUCCUGUUAAUUGAUCUCUGAAUACAUUUUGUCAAAAUGUUUUUGUUCGUAGUUAUUAUACUCCCUAGUCAGUAUAGUAGUUUAUUUAAGUGUUGACUAGGUUUUUUGAUUAUUAUUAUUUCGUAAAUUCUAGAACUAGUAUGUUAUUGUUUAGUUGUUUUUAUGAACUGAUAAUGCCAUAUGUUCUUAAUUAUGAUGUAAAUGUAUUAUGUUCGCCUUGUAUAUUACCUGAUCUGAGCUGGACCAAGCCGGCCACCGAGGCCCAUUGUGUGAUAUUAAAAGCCCUCGGCAGACCAAUAAACCAAUUCAGUUAGAAUUGCUUAUGUAUUAUAUUUUUAUUUCAAAUAAAUGUCAUAAGUUUUAUACAUGUUUAUAAACAUAUAUCUAUAUAAUAUUCUAUUUUUUGUGAAGUAUGGAAAACUAUACGUUGCGGCGAAUUAUGCAGCCAGUCUAAUGUAUACCAUACUCACAUCUACUCCCGAUGGUCUUUCACUUGUAACUUUUUCACUUUUAUAUAGUUGAUUUGAAAUAAAUAUAAAUAUUGAAAAUUUGAAAAAA